AUGACCUCGAACACGGAUUUCAUACGCGAUGCUGUCAUGCGGCGACUCGUCGUGGCACCUCCCAGUGACUUCUACUCUCCACAAAAUAGCCAGCGUGCUGCAGAUGACAGUGGCCGCAUUGUUGCCACACAGCGCGCCGCAGGGAGCAAUGAUCAGACGCCCCUGGAGCGAGUGAGACCUGCUUUGUCCCCUUCCUGUGGCAUCAGUGCCCCGCCAGCGACAAUAGAGCAGUUAGAGUCAGAGUUUCCAGAGCCAAAACGGGCUGACAAUGAAGAGCCUGCAAAGCAGACAGCAUCAGAACCAGUGCCUUCUGACUCAGUCGAUCCAAAUGCUGCUGCGGUGCCAAAGUCUGGACAAGACGAUUCGCAAAUGUCUUUGUUGUACGAGUCUGACAUCGAAGAGCGCCCAGCAGUUCUCCCGACCGCCAAGGUGGCAUUGAUGAAGCGACCAGCGGCUGCGAAAUCUAGUGCUGCGAAAUCUACCACAAAGACUUUGAAACGACCUGCAGCUGCAACCGAAGCAGCUGGAGAUUCAGUUGCGGAGAGGAUUCCCUCGAAUGGCAAGAGGCCUGCGAGUUUUUUCAAGAAGGAAGAGCGCCCUGAGGAGCUUCAGCCUGCGGAGGGUACAUUGUUCCCAGCUGCUGACAGAUCCUUUACGGAUGCGGAUGGUCAGUGGCAGGUCUUCGAGUUCGAGCGCAAAUCCGGAGAUCUGCAAGGGAAAGUUUGGCGGAAGAUUGUGCAUCGUGAGACCGGGACAGUUUAUCCUUCGUAUGCGAAGGCAGCUUUGGCAGGUUUUGAUAUCAAUAAGAUCCAGUUUGAGUAA